AUGGAUCUCUCGGAUUCUGGGUACAAUUCCAAUGAGCGGGUCCCAUUACAACACGAACCACAACAAGAUGAGCUCCAACGCCAUGGUGGAAUACUGGAGUAUCGUGGUGUGUGGUAUAUCAGCUAUGGCAGAAGGUCGUUGGCAUCGGAGCAAAUCGAAGAAACUGGUUUCAUGGGAUUUUGUGGAAGAAUCUGGGAGACAAUCCGAGGAUGGUGCUGCGGAGGACAAGAUGUUGACAAUGAGUGA